AUGGCCAAAACAGGCGGUGGAUCGUCGACUGAAGGUUGGGGUCAGUUUCUCCAAUAUUCUUUCAACAAGAGCAAUUUCGCAGUGGAAAACAAUGCUAUCGCAGGACGGAGCGCGCGCUCUUUCACGCGGGAAGGGCGAUUCCAAGCUGUCGCGGAUAAGCUGAAGUCCGGGGAUUGGGUUGUGAUUGAGUUCGGACAUAAUGACGGCGGAAGUCUAACGCCUACUGAUAAUGGGCGCUCAGACUGCUUCGGCGAAGGAACUCAGACGUGCUCGACAACGUACAAUGGUGUUGCUGAGACAGUGCUCACUUAUCCAGCUUAUUACGAGAAAGCAGCAGCUAUGUUUCUGGGAAAGGGGGCCAAAGUUAUCAUGAGCUCUGCGACUCCUAACAACAUCUGUGAGAGCGGCAGUUGCAGCUGGGGGCCCUCGCGCUUUGACUACUAUGCCUGGUACGCUGCAGUGGUUGCAGGAGGGACUGCCAAGGGUGUUUAUCACGUCCCUCAUGGCUACUACGCCGCCCAAGCCAUGAAGAAUCUUGGCACCACGGUCGUGAAUGCCAAUUAUCCGAACGACCAUACCCAUACUUCGGCAUAUAUGGCGGACAUCAUGGCAAAGUCCUUUGUCCUCGGACUGAAAUGUGGUACGAGCGCGUUGGGAGCCGCGGUGACGAACACAACAAGCUCGAUGUCAUCGACAAUCCUUGGGCCAUGUAUCAGCUUCAACAGUACUGUGCCUAUUUGA